CAUGUCUCCAAGUAACAUAACCCAUGCCAGAAAUUACUGAUCACCCUGAUCAGUGAAAAAGUGUUUAUUCAUCCUGUUUGAUAAAGUAGAGUUACCAGAAUUAUCCAGGGAAACUCGGAAAAAACGUAAAAAGUCAAUAUGCCACUGGAAAACUUAGAGGAAGAUGGACUGGAGAAAAAUCCAAACUUGGAGCUCGCACAAACAAAAUUUUUACUGAGUUUAACUGAGCACAAGAAUGAUGAGACACUGAAGGCCAAGUUACUUGACGCCAUAAAAGCCGAAAAUAUGGCACCGUUCUAUGAAGAAGUCUGCAAAGACUUGGACUGGCCAAUUGACGAGAGCCUCUUGGAUGUAAUGAAAGCUCAAAAUGAAGAACAACUGAAAGCCCUCGACGAUGCAAUCGAGGAUGCUGAAAAGAAUCUAGGAGAAAUGGAGGUCCGAGAGGCCAACUUAAAAAAGUCAGAGCAUCUAUGUCGCAUCGGGGACAAGGACGGUGCUAUUUCAGCAUUUAGAAAAACGUAUGAGAAGACCGUCUCGUUGGGCCACCGGCUUGACAUCAUUUUUCAUAACAUUAGGAUUGGUCUGUUCUACAUGGAUCAUGAUCACAUCACGAGAAAUAUCGAUAAAGCAAAGAGUUUAAUUGAAGAGGGGGGAGAUUGGGACAGGAGGAAUCGUUUAAAGGUCUACCAAGGCACCUACUGCAUCGCAGUUCGUGAUUUUAAAGAGGCUGCUAAUUUCUUCCUUGAUACAAUAAGCACAUUCACCAGCUACGAACUCAUGGAUUAUAAUACUUUCGUCAGAUACACGGUUUAUCUGAGUAUGAUCAGCCUACCAAGGAACGAGUUACGUGAUAAGAUUAUCAAGGGCUCGGAAAUUUUAGAGGUCCUUCAUAAUAACCCAGAUUGCAAGGAAUAUCUGUUCUCAUUGUAUAAUUGUCAUUAUGCUGAUUUCUUCAAGAAUUUAGCACAUGUUGAGGGACUUUUAAGAAGAGAUUACCUGAUCCAUCCUCAUUAUCGUUACUACGUACGUGAAAUGAGAAUUUCAGCCUAUACUCAGCUAUUGGAAUCCUACAGAUCUCUAACACUGCAAUAUAUGUCUGAAGCCUUUGGAGUAACUGUUGACUAUAUUGACCAAGAGCUCUCGCGCUAUAUCGCAGCAGGCAGACUUCACUGUAAAGUCGAUCGUGUCGGUGGUGUAGUCGAGACAAAUCGUCCUGACAGUAAGAACUGGCAGUACCAAGCGAUGGUGAAACAGGGCGAUCUUCUCCUCAACAGAGUUCAGAAGCUUUCACGCGUUAUCAAUAUUUAAUUUACAUUCUGAUUCGUCCGGUUGAUAUUCAAAUGCCUAAAAUAAAUAGGCGCGAAUGGAGUUAAAUGAGUCUCCUUAAAUUGUCAAUAUUUAUACACCGGUUGAAACCAUUUUUGUAAGUUAUCUGGCAUUUUGAAGUUUGAAAAAAAAUCUUGGGAAUUAAAGAAAGUAUGAAUAUCAA